CUUGCCGAAAAGCCUGAUCGUAGUGUCCUCGCGCUGUGUGUUCUGAAUACCUGUUCCGUUUUCUCCUACCUACUGGCCGGUAUGACCGCAAAGUACGGAAUUCUAGAUAGGAAGGCUGGUAUAUACGGCACAAUCACCUGCAUCUUCAUCUUCCUCGGGGCAUGUGCCUUUGGCCUCACGCCCCUGACUGCAAUGUACGCGCCAGAAGACCUCUCGUAUGGUAUGCGCGCCGAAUAG